AUGCCGCAACCAUUGCCUUCCAAGGACCAGUCCUUGUUUCGUCAGGUGGUUCGCCACUUUGAACUGAAGCAGUACAAGAAAGGUAUCAAGAUCGCAGACCAGGUUCUUCGGAAAAACCCUACCCAUGGCGAUACUCAAGCCAUGAAGGCUCUGAACAUGAGCCAGAUCGGGCAAUCGGAGGAGGCCUUUGCGCUCGCCAAGGAGGCUCUUCGCAAUGAUAUGAAGUCGCAUAUCACCUGGCACGUGUAUGGACUGUUGUACCGCCAGGAGAAGAACUACGAGGAGGCUAUCAAGGCAUACCGAUUCGCUCUGCGCCUUGAGCCCGAGUCGCAGCCCAUUCAGCGCGACCUGGCUCUGCUCCAGAUGCAAAUGCGGGAUUACCAGGGUUACAUCUCGAGCCGCAACUCCAUGCUCCAAGCUCGACCGGGCAUUCGUUCGAACUGGACCGCGCUUGCGAUCGCUCAUCAUCUGGCUGGGGAUCUGGCAGAGGCUGAAAAGGUUCUGACUACAUUCGAGGAGACACUGAAGGGAGUUACAUUGCCUGUCGCCGAUAUGGAAAACUCCGAGGCUAUCUUGUACAAAAACACCAUCAUCGCGGAGACUAGUCUCGAGAGAGCUCUGGAGCACCUCGAGGCCGUUGGUUACCGAUGUACCGACCCACUCGCCGUCUUGGAAAUGAAGGCAGACUACCUGUUGCGAUUGGAUCGCAAGGCCGAUGCGGAGGCAGCGUACACUGCUCUAUUGGAACGCAACCCAGACAACUCAAUUUAUUACAAUGGCUUGAUCCUGGCGAAGUCCAUCCCCGAAAAUGACCACAAAGCAUUGAAGGCUCUAUACGAUGAAUGGGUGGAGAAGUACCCUCGCUGUGAUGCUGCUCGCCGCAUUCCCCUCGACUUCCUGGAAGGCGAGGAUUUCAAGCAGGCGGCGGAUGCUUACCUGCAGCGUAUGCUGAAGAAGCGUGUUCCCUCAUUAUUCGUCAACGUCAAGCACCUCUACGUCAACACAGCUAAGCGUGAUGUGGUGCAAGGCUUGGUGGAAGAACUGCUUUCCACCCAGCAGAAUGGCUCUGCGGAAGCCAACGGAGACAACAGCGAAUACCUGUCCUGCAUAUAUUACUUCCUCGCCCAACACUACAACUUCCACCUCAGCCGCAAUCUCCCCAAGGCCAUGGAAAAUGUCGAGAAGGCCAUUGAGCUGCUCCCCAAGGCAGUGGAGUACCAAAUGACCAAGGCACGAAUCUGGAAGCACUACGGUAACCCAGGCAAGGCAGCAGAAGAGAUGGAAAAGGCUCGACUUUUGGAUGAAAAGGACCGUCACGGUAACACCAAGGCCGCUAAAUAUGUGCUCCGAAACAACGAUAACGAGAAGGGCUUAGAGCUCAUGAGCAAGUUCACUCGCAAUGAGACUGUCGGCGGUACACUGGGUGAUCUCCACGAGAUGCAAUGCACCUGGUUCUUGACCGAAGAUGCUGAGGCCUUCCUCCGACAGAAGAAGAUCGGUCUUGCCUUGAAGCGCUUCCACUCUGUUUACAACAUCUUUGAGACCUGGGCGGAGGACCAGUUCGACUUCCACAGUUUCUCCCUCCGCAAGGGUAUGAUCCGAGCUUACGUAGACAUGGUUCGCUGGGAGGAUCGUUUGCGCGAGCACCCCUUCUACACAAGGUUGGCUAUUGGUGCCGUCAAAACGCACCUGCUUCUCCAUGACCAGCCCGAUCUCGCAUACGGUCCUAUCCCUAGCGGGCCCGAGGGACUCAACUCGACUGACGAGAACGAGAGGAAGAAGGCUCUCAAGAAGGCAAAGAAGGAGCAGCAGCGCUUGGAGAAGAUCGAGUCUGACAAGCGCGAGGCAAGGAAGGCUGCCGCUGCCAACGCCAAGAGCGCCGACGGAGAGACCAAGAAGGAGGACGCGGACCCUCUAGGCAAUGCCCUGGUCUCAACUCAAGACCCAUUGAAGGAUGCCAUGAAGUUCUUGACCCCUCUGCUUGAAGCCACCCCCCAAAACAUCGAGGGCCAAUGCCUCGGCUUUGAGGUUUACUCUAGGAGAAACAAGCACCUUCUUGCCGUCAAGUGCUUGGCAGCUGCUCAUGCCAUCGACCCCGCCAACCCUACUCUCCACCUUCAAUUGCUUCGCUUCCGCAAGACUCUUGAUAGCCUCUCUGAGCCUCUUCCCGAGAAGGUUGCCGAAGCUAUCAACGCCGAAUUUGAUAAGCUUCUCCCCAAGUCUCAGAACCUCGAAGAGUGGAACGAGUCCUUCCUUUCCUCUAACAAGGCCAGCGCUGCUCACGUGCAGGCCGGCCUCUCCGCCCGCCAGCUUCUCAAGCCGGAAACCAAGUCUCAGUGCGAGAAGGAGCUGCUCGCCACUCUUGACUUGCCUGAGAUUACCAUUGACGAGGCUGUUGUUGGCUUGGAAACCUUGAACGAGUGGGGCAGUGAUAAGACUGCUUACGCUGAGAAGGCCAGCAAGAAGUGGCCUGAGUCUUCUGUCUUCGAGCUGAACUGA